AUGGAUAGGGAGACCAAACGCCAGAGCGUAGCUGAUAACACACAAAAGGAUAUAACGUAUCGAUAUGAAGUAUCGUCACUUCAAAACAGAACAUCGGAAAAUGCUCAACGUGAUUACAUUUCGGCCUAUGGGAAGAGUCAGAACGAUGUAAUCUCCCCAACAGCAGUUCAUCUGAUUUCAAGGGUCUCAACAGAUCCGAGUAAUUCUGUGCAUAGUGAUCUGCCGUCGUGCAUGGGCCCGAGUCCGAACUUAUCGGUAUCUGGAAGUUUGUCUCGUAAUCACACUUCCGCCGAGUCUGAUUCUUCUCCCUAUUUUGAAUCUUCCACGCCGCUGAUGCCCUAUUCUUUGUCAAAACCUCACCCUAAGGGGGAAACCAAUUCGUCGGAAGCAUGCGCCAGCAACGCAACUGGUAUGGUGUGUUCUGUGCUCCCGGAACCAAACCGCUCCAGGUGGCGACAAACCUUUGGGCCGAGCCACGGGACCGAUCAAACGGCUCUAGAGAACGUCAGUCUUAAAGCACCGCAGCGUGCUUUUAAAAACUCAUCACGUGAUCAGUUUGGUGCCGUGGGCGACGAUGAUGAUAUUUGCUCAUCUUCUGACGAGGAAAAUGGAAUGAUUGCAAUUGGUAUUCCCGAUAAGAUUCAAUCACGCGCUAAAGAAAAGAUGCAACAAAGCAAUAUCUCCCAAACUAUCGCUGAGGAACUAGCGCGACAAGAGCAUGAGGCAAAGUUAAAGAAGAACCAGCUUCCAGCCAAAGCAAUCGUCACACGGCGCGUCACGGAACGCAAACUGGGCGCUUCGAAGGAUCCUCUAUCACAGAAUCCCAUGAUUGGAGAGAAAGAUCACGUACUCCAACCCGGCUCGGUUGUUGCUCGAGCCGGUUCAGAAUCGCAUCGUACCAUCAUGGAAGAAAAAAGCCUGGCUCGUGGUACGCCAACCCGUGAAUUGUCGCUGAUGCCAGGCGCAUUCCGAGCCACGACACGUAGUGACUUGGACCAAAAGAGUGCAGAGCGCGGAGUGGUGCGUCCCAUUUCAUCCUCUUCGCGGAACAUGAAGGCGCGUCGAUUAAAUCGGUUAAAUGGACGUCAGAACCAUCAAAUUGAGGCUAGCGUGAAUGAGGACGAUCAGCGCCGUCUGACACAUUCGUACAGCUCCUCGGACGAGUCGGCUGUCUUGCUUUUGCCCAUACGUACCAAAUCCUCUGAUUCCAUCAAGAGUGAUGUAGAUUCGAGUAAUCAUUCUACCCGCGCCAGAGCCCGUUCCCGUUUCCACCGCAUGCGACAAAAGUCUAUGGAUUCUUCGGCUCACAGCUCAGAUGGAUCUACAGUAGUACCUGCUUCAAUUCGGGAUCUUGUCUCACUGCGCAGCAUGGAAGAGACCACUAAAUUGCAGCGACACGAUUCUGGGCCUUCUUUGGCUCCGGCGACAAGUGGUUGUGUCGUUCCAGGAGCAACAGAGUUUAUUGCCGCAGUACGUCACGAAAAGGAGAAUGGUCCAUCGCUGGCGCCAGCAAGAGCCAUAAGGAUUUCUGGCGAGUGCAAUGUAGAGGGCUCAAAACAAAGUGUGAAAAUAUACGGACCGGUGUUGGCUUCUGGAUUUGUUCCGGAUCAAGUCGCCUUGACUCCAGGUAUGAUGGAUCUGACAGGCCAAGAAUGUUAUCCAGAUGAGGAUGAGGAUGAUACGAUUGAAGCACAAGCUGGUCUUCCAGUAUUGAUCCCAGGUGCGUUUGCGAUUGAAGGUAUGGAAUCGUCUCACACGGCUACCUCUAGGCACAACUCUGUGGUGGACACGCAAAGUUUUUCGGAAGCUGAAGAAGUAUAUGGGGAAAUCGAAGAAGAUCAAGCAGAUACAGAAAUUUUCUUGGAGCCUUCCCCGGACGACACACCGCCUCUCGUAGCCGAAUUACACGAAGAAGUUGUUGUAGACGGAGCGGUCCUUGAAGAACACGGUGAGGACGAUCCAAAGCAACGACAUAGGCUGCGUCUUUUUCAGGCAAUGGCUUUUUUUUGUUCGGUUGUGGCAGUUACCCUCAUUGCAGUUAGUGUUUCUGGGGUUUUCCAACCAGAUCAAGCUGGUCCACAGAAGACAGCGCCGAAAAUUUCCGGUUGGUUAGCGGCGGGUGAGGAACUUUUCGGAUCUACAGAGGAGGCGCAAGUUUUAUUUGGUACAUCCAUUGGAAUGUCAGGAGACGGUUUCAUUCUUGCCGUGAGUUCUCCGGGAUGGGAUAAUUCCUCAACAGAGCUCAACGUCGGACAAGUGCAAGUUUUUUCUGGAGCAGACACCUUUAACGGGACCCAGUGGGAUAAUGUUGUCACUUUAGAAGGUCCAGGCUCGAGUGAAGAUGAAAAGACUUCCAUAGCCAUGUCUAGUGAUGGUAGACGGCUGGUAGUUGGUUAUCCCUCUUUCAAUAGUGGAACAGUACAAGUUUUUGAAGAUCGCGGUCGUGGAUGGAGUCCUUAUGGGGGAGUCGAGCGUAUGGAAAGAGAUGGUGAAAAUAUUUGGUUUGGACAUGCCGUAGAUAUCAGCGCAGAUGGAGAUGUUCUGGCAGUCGGCGCACCACUCAGAAACUCUCUUGCGGGAGAACAGAGUGGAGCAGUUCGUGUCUUUCGGUCGUCCAACACACGUUGGAUUCAAAUUGGAUCCGAUAUUUUGGGCGAAUCCAUGAAUGACUUUGUAGGCUGGUCUUUGGCACUCAACUCACAAGACGGGUCACGCGUCGCUGUCGGUGGGCCAGUUGCUCGAGAUGAGCGUGGGAUUGUGCGCAUAUACGAUUGGGAUGGCUCAACCUGGAAGCAAAUCGGGGAAACUCUGACUGGGAUCAAUAUCUUGAGUAGAUUUGGAUCAUCUGUUUCACUAUCAGGGAACGGACAAGUGCUUGCAAUUGGUGCUCGAGGUACUGCGUUCGAACCUGGGGAGGUCCGUGUUUAUCGAGAGAUCGACAAUGCUUGGGUCACAGACAAUAUCUUUAGCGGACUGGAGCCAAGCGAAGGAUUCGGGACAACCGUGUCUCUUUCAAAAGAUGGUAAUGUUCUCGCGAUUGGCAUCCCUCAGAAUAACGAAUUUGGCAACGGCAGUGGUUCGGUGCAGGUGUGGAAAUACUAUGAUGAUCAGAAGGCUUGGAAACAGGAAGGCACCAAUAUUGGCGGAUCCGAGGGGAGCGCGUUUGGGUCGGCUGUCGCACUUUCCGCAGACGGUUUUCGGUGUAGCUAA